AUGGCUGCCGCCUCGCCACGGCACCCACGGCGCGGCUUCCGGGGUUUGGUCGUGGGGAACCCCACCUCGGUGGAGUCAUCUGGGUUCCGGAUGCGGGCCUCAUGUGUGGGCUUCGGUGGUUCCGGGUUUGACGUCGGCUUCGGAGGCCAUGAAGACGAAGAAGACGGCAGAGGAGCGGAUGAGGCGAAGAUGAGCUUGCCAUCUCUAGAUCCGAUACGCAGCAGCUUUGUAGGAGGCGGCCUCACCAGAUCUGGGGGCGUGCCACCGAGGUCGCCUAGCCUCCUUGGCGAUGCCAGCGAAGGUGAGGCCAUGGAGGGCCUCUCUGAAUCAACCGGGCUUCGUGGGAGCCCCCUUACCGGAUCUGGCGGCUGCUGGACUCAUGAGCCACCAUGCCUAGAUCUCGGCCUCCAUGGAGCCGUCGUGGUUGGGGGAUGGGGAGGGAUGGUGGUGGCAGAGGAGGAAGAGGGGAGGUGCGGCGGCGGCGUAGUUGGGGGUUCAGCGAGAGACAUGAUCAACAGGGAGGUAACCCCACGUGGCUUGUAUGCAAACAUUUCCUUUGAGGAGCUAUGUGAGAUCAUGCUACCAACGGCAGAAGAUUGCCUUCACCGGAAUGUUCGAGCUACCUCGUAUCAGAUGCUGUGGAAGUCCAAGCAUGGAAGUGCAUACCUUCAGGCCGAGAAGACCUCAUGGCUGCCCAUACCAUUAGGGAGGAAAGACAGAGGUGGAAAAAAUCAGAAACAAAGUCACUCCAAGAAGGUACAGCACCAAUGGACAAGACAACCGAUUCUACAGCAGGUUUGUUCGAUCAAUCUUAAUGGCAGCAGAGAUGGUCAGUUCUGCAGUGGCCAGGAGGCUGUUAACCAAGUCUUCUCAAGAAUCAAGGAUGGUUGUCAGCAUAAGUCAGAUGCAAAAGAGCACAUUGAGAGGAUGGAGAUGGCACACAUCAAGCUGGAGGCCGCCCUUGAGACCUCCAACAAGUGGAACGUCACCAGCGCGCCACUGCUGCAUUGGCGGAGCAAGCUCAAGCGCGCCUCACAGGAGUGUGACCACACUCUGCGCAGGUGUAGGCAGCGCUUGCAAGAAGAGGAAGAAGUACAGCAAGUGCUAAGGAGCUCCUCCUUUCCGAAGAGGAUCGCUCAUACUACCAUGUCGUUUGUUUCCUUAAUCUUUAGUCACGGUAACGAUGAUGAGCUGAAAGGAUCCACUGCCACCCGGCGAUUUGAACGGUUUUCUGAAGGUGCGAGCGAAUUCUUGAGGUAUGUAGAGCUUGGUGGCACACCAUGCAGAUACAUGUUUUUCGACCCUUUCAUAUGCCAUCUUCUCACUGGCAAAGGAACAAAGUAUUGCAUUGUUAGCAGGGGUCAACAUCUCUCAUUGCUUCUACAGCCCUUUAGUACACAAGAACAUGGGAUCGAGGGUAACCUAAUAUUCUUACUUGAAGAUGUUAAUGCUCCAGAGAGUAAUUUCCUUCUUACCCUCCAAUUACGGCUCUCUGAGAGUAUAGACAUAGUUGGUGUUGCAGUCAGAUGCCUGAACCUAUUGACACCUCACUUAAGCUCAACAAUCGAGACUGUGAAAACAAAGCUCACCCAGGUACCAACACAAGCAGACUUGUCCUGGGUGUCUGAUUCUUGUUCUGUUUGUGGCUGCUAUGAUGAACAACAGAACAAUAUUCACACCGUCUGUUCUAAAUGGUUUCGACCGAACCCGCUUUGUUGCCAGCAACAAGAUCACUACUAUUCCCAGCGCUAUGAUGCUACACACUCAUCAUCAGAAUCAUUACCAUGUGAUAUAUACAUGGAACCAGUUAUCCAAGUGUAUUUGUUGGGCCAUGUCACACUGUCUGUUGGGAACAACAGGCAGAGGGCAGUUGUCACUGGUGAAAGCGAAACAAGCCCUAAGAGAGAAUUUCCUUAUAUGAAACUUGGAGCGCAUUUCUGGCCCCAUGCCUCAUCUGAAGAUUUGUCGCCUGCAGUCGAUGGUUCAGCAACAGAAAUGAUCAACGGGGUGGUCGUGCAAAGUGGCAUGCAUGCAAAAAUUUCCUUUGAACAGCUAGGCGACAUUAUGAUACCGAAGGCAGUAGAUUGCCUUCGCAGGGAUGUAGCAGCUACCUCAUAUCAGAUUAUGUGGAAGUCCAAGCAUGGCAAGGCAUAUCUUCAGGUUGGAAAGACCAUAUGGAGAACAACUGCUCAAGAAGACCGAGGUAGAAAACACCAUAAACGAUUGCCGGGCAAGAAGGUGCUGGGAUGGGCCAGUGCCAACAAUGAGUUCAUGUGCUCGUGGAUUAGACACGCGCCUGUCCAGUUGCAGAGCUCAGCGGUGGACUGGAUUCAGAAAGGAAGACAAUUGCCACAACCAUUAUUAUUGAAAACUUCCUGCUUCCAUGACUGUCCAAUCAUGUUGUUUUCUUUGAAAGAUCACAGGUCUUUGCUAAGGACAAUAAAGUCGUCCAGCAAGUUCAAUGGCUGA